AUGUCAAGGGACACCUCAAAUGAAAGCUCUUUUGCUGCUGCUCGUCUGACGUCCGCCAUUCACCAAUUAGGGGCAACAGCGCAUUUCUCCGCUUCCAUGCCGUCUGAUCAGGCGAUGCUAACGAGUCGGACUUCGAGUAAACUGGGAAUGGCUGAUUGUGGGCAGAAGAAUGGUCUCUCGGUUCUGCAUGAUGACUCGUCUGAGAUCGUCGAGAGGGAUUUGGACGCAUCAUCGGAAUGUUCGUUGGGUGUUAGGAGUUGA